AUGAUUCUACAGAAUAAUUUCUGUAGACUAGAGUUUGAACGAGCGAGAAAUAUCAAAACUAUUCAACAUCUUCUGCCAGAUUGCUCUAGCAUGCCAUCCAAGGGGGCCCCUGGUUAUAACACGUGUAUCCGAGUUGUUCCGCCAGGUAUGUAGACUGUGAAUACGGUAAUCCGCCUGGUUUAGAGCGCUUUUCAAUUGAGUGUCGAAAACCAAAACAAAGUAAUCACCACGGCCAAUCAGAGUAAAGGAAAUUAUCAGAGGGAGCCAAUGGCAACUCGAAGUAAACGCGUGUAACCGGCCUGUAGCGCGGGAAAUCGCGAGUGACCAAGGAGCAAUUGGUUUUAGUUUACAUCUGAUUGGCUGAGAGGGUGGCGCGAGUUUUCUAGACCAAUCAAACAGCACAGUAAAGCAAAACCAAUUCAAUCCUGGAUUACUUUCAACACUCAAUUGAAAAUUGCUCUAUACCCUGGUCUUAUUCAUCUUCAUAAGGGGGUUUUGGAAGGCUUAUAAACGAAGGGGCUUACCUGUAUAUUUGAGGAGGAUUGUAACCGGAAAAGAAAAAGCGCUCUGAAAAAAGAUAUGGCAGUGCUGAUAAAAAUGCGUUUUGUAUUUACUGAGUUUUGAUGUGUAGUUCCAGAAAAUAUCCAUACCCCCCCCCCCCCCCAAAAGAAGGGCACUUUUGCUUUAGAGCCCCACCCCCCUUGAAUUUCCAUUUAACGGGGUGCGCCUCGAGCAACUCUUACGCCACUUUCGUGCCCUGCAAACUUCCCGCGUGCUUAAUAUCUCGACAUGCGCACAGCUGAAGCAUCAACUAAUUGUUAAUUCGAAGGGGAGAUAAAAUACCAUCAACCAAUCAAAACUCACGCCUAUCCACCCAAACAAUCCCAGAAAUCGUUGCGGCAAAAGCUUAAAGCCAUUCCCCUUGUAGCUUCUGAAGUAGGGAAUUCGACAAGGGUAGAGGACAGAGAACGCGGUUUUGGGUGUUUAGGAAUCUCUGUUUCUUAUGGGAAAUCUCUAUUCCUUAUGGGGAAAUCUAUUUCCUAUGGGAAAAUCUCUAUUUCUUAUGGGGAAAUCUCUAUUCAGCUCGUUUCGCAGCAGUGUUGCAAAACAAGUUGCACGUUUCUUGUUUCCCGUUUUACUGUAGCUUAAGUUCUUUAGUAAUUCUUAAAAUUUUUUUCCGGGGGGAAGCGGGGGGGGGGGGGGUCCCGUAGGGGAGAAAGGGUCAAAGUAAGCACAUUUUCAAACGGAUGAUUGUGGACUUUGAAAAAGAAGCUUAUUGCUGGUUUGCACGUAACUUCUUAGCAGCCAUGUUAGUGGUCAAGAACAAAAUCAUUUCUGUAGUGUCCUCUGGGAAGUAAACUCCAUUUUCAUGUAAAUUUUUUAAAAUAAUUUUUGUUGCAUUGACCAUCAACGUAGCCGCCAUAUCACGUUGUUGCAAACCGAGAAUAGCGUAUCACAUUUUUUUGCUCGUUUGUUUGCAGAAAAGCGACCAAAGUUUAAAGUAUUCUUGGAUGAUAUCACCAUGUUCGAAAGGAAACCUGUCAUCUUUAAAUGCAGGCUUAGCUCCAAAGAUUUGAAGACCAACAUCACGUGGUACAAAGACCGGCAACGUAUUCCAGACCAUAAGAAUUUCAAGAUAUUAAAUUUCCGUUGGGGAUCAAGGCUGAAGAUCCGACGAGCCAGGGUAGGCGAUGCUGGGAUUUAUCGGUGUGAAGUGGAAGGUCCUGGAGGAACAGUUACCGCGCAGGCGCAGUUGAAAAUAAAUAAGUUGAACUCACCUGUGCGCACUCAGACUACCACAAGUAAGGUUUUAUUUUUUGCUUCUGACAGUGUUUAAAUCGCCUCAAUUGACAUCGGCUUUAGAAGAAAUUCACUUAAUAAGUCAAUAUGAAAAUCGAAAAUAAUCUAGGCCAAGUUGUUCAAACGCGGGUUAGCGCCCCGGAUUUCUUUUUCUUUUUACCAAAAGCACUCUCUCAGAUAAUUUUCUCUAUUUUUUUAGCAUAUCCAAUCAUCAAAUUGUAGGCAAAGAGAAUUCAACUGAAUUGGCUUUUUAAGCUGUCAUAUCUGAGUUCAAAAUUUGCACUAACCCUGGUUUAUCUUAAAUCUGGGCAACAUUUUGGCGAAAUUUAUUGACAUUUGUAGAUGUAACCUGCGAUCUGGCGUUUUAGGGAAGAAGGAUCGCCUGUCACUGUAGAUCAUUCUCAACCUUAUUCAAUAAUUACUAAUUAUUAUGUUUUCUUUAUUUUCUUUAGCAAAAAUCAGCGAAUCGACCACAGAAGGUAAGGAUUCCGUUUUGCGGUUUGGCUUCGGUGAAGCUGAAGCGAUCAAUAGUGGCAAGGUGCUGGUCGUGCAAACGUUAAAACGAUUUCAGCUAAAAUAGUCACAGGCUAUUCACAUCGUGAUUAGUCAGAUCAUAGGAUUUCAUCAACAGACUCAGAACAGAAGUUAGAAUCCCCGUGUACAGCAUAUUAAACGGUACAAGGGAAAGUUCCUCUUAGUUCCUAUAGUCACACGCUAGGGGGUUUCAUCCUUUAAACUUGUAGAGCAUGAAAACGUUACAUUACGUGUGAAACACCUUUUAACUGCUAGGGUAAUGAAAUGCGAUCUUUCUUUUUAUGUCGUUGCAGUUACAACUGUUACUAAAGAAACUGGGUACGGGUAAGUUUUCAACUUAAAUAUUCUUAUCACACCUACAGUACCUAUAAUUCGAGUUUUGGAUUCGAACCUCUUACGACGCUACUGUACUUUGAACAGAAGACAACUACCAGGAAAAGCUACUGAGCGGUAGUGUAUAUGUGACACUGAAAUGAUUUGAUUGGAGUCUUAAAAUUGUCACAUCACUGUGUCAAUAUCGCCUAUAUAUUGUCUUAACAAUGUCUCAAUACUGUAUUAGCACUAUCUCAACAUUGUCCCUACACUGCAUCAACGAUGUAGCAAUAUUUUUCUGAGGAUCUCUUCAAUUUAAACAAAAUCAGAGAAAUCAGAAACGUUUCGAAGCGUUGCAAUUUAUAACUGUUCUUUUCUUAUAGAACACUUUCACCGUAUGGCUUGUGCGAACCCUACCGAGGCAACGCAUGCGCAGAGUUCAUUGGCAACGAAAGCGUUUGGGUUGAGUUUCCUGGACGUCAGCAGCUCAUUGAAAGGGAACUGGGAGGGGCUCUAAACGUCAUAAAGGCAACCAAUCAGAUGUCUGAGAAGUAUGUUUCAGUUUUUCCCUCCCCUAACUAGACUCGCUACCAGUCGACCUCUCAUAAUAAGUUCUUAAAAGCGAGUGAAGCGAGCUUCAAUGAGGUCGCACAGCGUCGCGCGGUCAAAUGGCAUAACCAAACUGGAAAAAAGUAAAAGACUUCCAGAAAGUCUAUCUCCUAAGAUGUUUUCUUUUUAUUUCAAGAGGUCAAAUUCAAAUUCACAAAAAAAAGGAAUAAUAAUACCAUUUUACUUGGCCGCGCCAUUUAUUUUGUAUAUUUGAGUAUUUAUAAGCAUUUACGAAGUACAUUCAAGGAAGCUCAACGUUAGGACACAGGGUCCGCUACAAAGUGGACCCCCUCAACAAAGGGCGAAUUUCUCCUCGGAGGACUCAAAAGAUAGAAUUCGGUAUUGGCUUCAUGUUUGCAGUACAGAGAGGUUUCACUUAAAAGGGUAAAACCAUGGGGUUUUGUUAACAGACUCAAAAGUUGAAAACUACAUACUAAAUGAAUAGCACCAUGUGAGAAUACUGCUGAAGAGGUUUCAUUUGAGUGGUAACACCAUAGGAUUUUCGUCCACACACCCAAAAGUGAGAACCACCUUGCAAGACUACAUCAUUGACUCUGAAAGUCCAGUAAAAGGGUUAACAGAAUGAAAAGUUAAAUAUCGGGUGUUUAAGAGGUUGUGUCACGGCUGUCUAGUUCAUUUUGCGGUUUAUAAUUUUAAUUAUUGUUAAAACAAUUAUUGAAUGAGGCUGAGUAUCAUCUGAAGAAUUGCGGAGAUCGAGGAGGGUGUUAUCCGCCUCGGCCGAAAACACCCUCCGAGAUCUCCAUAAUUCUGCAGAUAAUACGAAAUCCAAAUUCAAUAAUUGUUUUAUUAUUCAUUCAAAAUAAUUCCUAGUUUAAAAACAAGCUAAAACAUGUUUACCUCCAUCGAUUUUUAGUUCGUCUUUGACAGAGCAUGUUAAUCGGCAAGUUUAGGAGAUAAAGGGUUGUUCAGCCCCGCAAAUAUUCUCCAAAUAGCAGAUGUCAUCCGUCGAGUUGUCUUCCUGCUGUUCUUGUUAUGUUUUUAGCCAAUAGUUCGCCCAUUUCGCGCUCGUUGCUGGUUGCAGGACUAAUAUAUAUAAAUAAUAGCUUUUUUCCCAGAUCGGUUAAAGAAUGGAACGAAAUUCCCGAAACAAUUAUUGAAGCUGCCAACACAGAGGCCUUCAAGCUUGCCUUGAGGGCCCAGGCCAGGCCCCAUUGAGCAUUUGAACUUUUUUUAUUUUUAUAUCACCAGCACAAAUUCACUGCACUGUUUUUUAGCGCACAUAGCACGAGCACAGCACAUAUCUGCUGAAGAUGGGCUGUACUGCCCUUUGCAGAUCAGACAUUUAGAUUUAGAUUCAUGAAGCGGCUGAAACGUACCGCCAUUUUUGUACUCACCACGAAAACAACUCAACCUCGUUCCUAGGUCUUCUAGGUUAACAAUUCAAUAAUCUGGCAAUGUUGCUGCACGAUUGACGUCAUCAGUUCGAUAUCGCAAAAUUCUUCCAAAUUUGGUCAACAGUAGCCGGUUAUGAUGAAUUAUGCGUGAUUUUAGCCAAUCAGAAACGGAGAAAUAUUUUGAAUGAAUAAUAAUGCCAGCUACGCGUCCUUAUUCGCUAUGGAUCUUAAGAACUAAUACUUGUGAAUGACAAAACCACAGCUUCGAGUCAAACGCAUGUGUCUUCCAAGCAUUAUAAUUACCAAACCUUCUACACAACGUUAAAAACAACAAAAGUGAGUGUUUACAAACUGUCGUCGUGGUUUCUUAAGCUCCCUAAUUAUUUCCGUAUUAAUCAUAACUAUAACAAAAUUGUCAAAUCUGAUUGGCUAUCAACUGCCCUGAUUUCAGCCUUAAUUGGACAGUUUGAUAGGACAGUACUCGUCAUGCCUAAGUAAUUGGACAGUACGCGCCAUCACGCGCGCGCUUAAAUGGCUAUUUUUCUCACUACUAGCAAAACAAAAUUUCGAAUUUAUUGUGUUUUGAUUUAAACAAUAGCUUAUUAUAUCACAAAUUUUGUUAAAGUUAUGAUUAAUAGUAACAGAACUUUCGUGUCGUCCAAUUCGGUCGGUAAUCAUACUCGUGAUUUAACAAAUCGGAGUCCCGCUACGCGGUCGUCUGAUUUUGUUAAUCACUCGUAUGAUUACAGACCGAAUUGGACUCCACUCAGUCCUGUUACCAUUAUUAAUUUACAGCUGUACUAAAUAUGGCAUACCUGGGAUGUGUUUUCACAUCUUCCCCACCUGUGAUCCACUGACGCGGGAUGCUAAGCCGCGGUUAUGUCGCGAAGACUGCUAUGCAUUGUUCGACGACGUUUGCUUGGUUGAGCUACAGUUAGCAGCAUUUGACCCAAAGUUUAAAAAAGUUUUACCCGACUGUUCAGCUCUGCCCAAGCGUGGUAGCAAAGAUCAUUCCUACUGUAAAUCGAUUGGCAUCCCAGGUAGGUAAUCUUUGUAUCCAAAUACAAACUCUCCAGACCCAUUUUAAUACAUUUCCUUAAAGAAUUAGUUGUGAGAAUUUGUUUGAAGAUCAAAGCAUUUUUCAUGAGCUGAUAUCUUUAUUAGUUCUCACAACAAUUUUUUCGUGAGUAACAAUAAUAACAGGCCCAGAAGUCUUUGCGAAAGUUAACUCGACCCAGUUUCCUCUUGUUUCGUAAGUGGCAAAUUGUCCGUUGAGCUGCCGAAGGGACUUCAAGAUCCGAAGACGUGACAGCCGCGAAAACGUCGCUUAAAAAGUGAAUUUACGUUCUUUUAGCCUUCAUCGCGACUAUUCCUAACCACUUACUUUGUCAAAUGUAGGCGAACCCUCCUGGAGUUGAAUUCCUAAGAACCAUGUCCAAGUUCAGAAAGAGAAAUAAAAUUUCGUCGUCGCUUGUUUGGAUCCCCAUAAAGCGUUAAAUCAGGUUUUUUCAUGUCGUAGUCGUGUAAAAACGACAACGAAAUGUGAAAAAAACCGUGAUGCACGUGCAAAGUUGUUGUUUUUUGACGUUCUCGUUUUCCCCUCUCCUCGGAAAGUCCCUGUUUUGAGCCCUGCCGACGCGGCGAUAAACCGGUCCAAAUUUAUUGAGGAGAAUCCUCAAAUGUAAUGCUGUAAACCAAAAGUGACGUUGGGUAUUGGGUAUAAUUAUUUUGUCUUAUCACAUUGAAAACCAGGACUGCAGGUAACAUUUAACUCUUAAGUCUUUUUGUGGCAACAUUCGCCAACGAUCUGUUCAUACGACCCAAGUAGCACUGGGAGACUAUUUUACACUGCAGAUUCACAGACGUAGAAGUCUCAAUACGGUGUAGCCUCCAUUUAUUGAACACUAUCGUGGCCAGGAAUAUUUUACCAAGAAAGUACUGCGCUGCAGAUUUCACUGGAAGGGUCAGAGUCUGCUUUCCAAGAGUUUAUACUUAACCAUGUUAACACCAGGAGUCAAAUUUUCUGAUUCUGAGUCAUGUUCCGUUUAAUCUUUAGGACUAAAGACACCGACAUCUUCUCCAUCUAAUACUCUAACUCUGCGCCCAGAAGUCAAAGGUCAGUAGAAAGCACGUUUACAAGUUGUGUUUGUGCCUUUUAUAAAAGACGCGGCUGAGUCAGACAGCUGCGAAUUCCCUGCACACUCAACGUCUCCUCGCCUGUCGAUUUUCCGCGCAAUUUUUUUAUAACUCCCUUAAAUAUCGUAAAAAUUAGAGACUUUUGUGCUCUUGUGUUUUCCAUUGUACUACCUUAAAAAAGCAUCAUUUCGAUUCAUGGGCCUCGCACGGCCGAAGCCUAUUCAAAACAACAAAAAAAACCUCAACGAAGCAAAAUAAUGAUAGUGAAUUCUGUAGGAAGUACUGUCGUGUCCCUUGAUAUCGUUGAAUUACAUGCUAGUUAGAUGUCUCUUUAUCCAUUUUAUCACCGACAGUUGUCCCAGACAAUCUCACUCCAAUAAACGCUUCUUUUAUAGUCUUCUCUCUUAUAAACUCCUACCCUGCAAACAGAGGUUUUUCUCUUGCAUGGCUUUAACGUUUACGAAGUCGUUCGCGUGGCUUGUUUGUCGCGUAAACCAACUAGUCAACGUGCUCGCAGGGUAAUAAACUCCUCAUGCCUCACACAUUUCAGCUAUUUAUACGGGGAAACGUAAGACGCGUCGUACACAAGACGCGUCUUAAGUAAGACGCAAACUGUACCAUUUAUACGAGCAUGUCUUAUCUAAGACGAGAACAGCUCGUAUAAAUGGUUCGCGUCUUAUUUCUGUUCUGAAGAGGUUUCAUUUGAAUGGUAACACCAUAGGAUUUCAUCAACAGAUUCAAAAGUUAGUACUACAUACUAGAUAAAUAGUACCAUGUGAAAGUACUGCUGAAGAGGUUUUAUUUGAAUGGUCACACAGCGGAAUUUUGUCCAGGGGUUCAAAAGUUAGGACCACCCUACAAGACUUCAUCGUUCAGUAUGGGGGGUGAAAGGUUUAAGAAAACGCCUCUCUCUAAACCAACUAAAUCACUCUCUUUCCUUUAGACCAGUCUUGCUACAACGGUACUGGCGAAAUGUACUUUGGGCGGGCGAAUGUGAGCUCAUCUGGGCGACCCUGCCGUCUGUGGCCUGACAUGGACCCACCAGUGCAUAACUACUGCCGUAACCCGGGUGGUGUCCGCGCUAGUCCGUGGUGUUAUGUUGGAGUGGGCCAUGAAAAAGAAUUUUGUGACAUCGAGAAGUGCGCGGAGAUUGGUGAGUGAGACGAAUAAUUCUUCCCAUGUUAUGAGUGUGUAUAUUAUACAAUAUACCAACGAAGGAAAUUUGAAAAGCUGACAUUUCGCGCGAAACCUUGCAGAGCGAAACAAGGAAUUAAGGAUUGUGUGGUUUAUAUAUCGAUAAUAUUAAACUGAUACUCGGCUGCGAAGGUUGACUGCUACUUUGUUUGAUGUUGCUGAAAUAAGUAAAAAAAGUAGCGAGUCGAUUAUAUUUUCUUAAACAACUGAAGAGAGCGAAUAUUCCCGCCAAAGAUCUGCUAAUCUUUUACUUGACCUGUAUCCGCCCAGUAACGGAAUACGCAUGCCCGGUGUUUCACAACGCGCUUCCCGCAUAUUUAUCCGCAGAGCUAGACCAGCUACAGAAGCGCGCCAUGCGAAUUAUUUUUCCGUUGUACCAUAUAGCGACGCAUUACAUCAAGCCAACUUGGAGACGCUCUCUCGACGCAGGCAGUCUAUCACAACUAAGCUUUUUGAUUCCAUCACUUGUAACUCAGACCAUAAACUGCAUGAGCUCUUGCCACCUCGUAACAAUUGUGAAUCCAAUUUAAGACGAAAGAGGAAUUUUAAUGUCCCUCUGGCUAAGACGAAGAGACUUAAGAACACAUUUAUAUAUAGCAACUGUAAUUAAAUUUUUAGCUACAUAUGUGUACAUUUUUCUUAUAUUUUUUCUCAUAUUUUUAUUAGAUUUUAUUAUUGCAACGAUUAAUCUAAUUCAGCUUUUGGCUGCGAUUUUAAUCAGAACAAAACUAUCUAUCUAUCUAUCUAUCCGAUGUUGAAUCUACUAAAAUCCUUAAAUCUUCGUCGUGUUGUAUAGUAAGUUACUCAAUGGUUGGACCCUCGCAAAACGGUUUACACGGUGUAAGAUUUUUUGGAACAUAGAACUAAGUGUUUCCAAUGGAACCAGCUUUUAACUGUAGAUUAUUUUCUUACGUUUAGGCGAGCCAGGAAAAACCGGAAGGCAACAGCCGCAAGGGCGACCAGUCGCGCGAACCAUCUACGUCAUUUCCGCUAUCAUGGCAGUCCUUAUUGUGGCCUUUCUGUCAAUCAUCGUGUACCUCAAGGUACAACACAGGAAGGGCGCGCUCCCGCAAGGUGACCAAGCCUCUUCCGGUUCUAUCUCUAAAAGUACCCAGAGCACAUUGCAGCAGCCUAGCUUUGAUUUGAAGCAAAGCAUCACUGAAAUCAAGUCUUGUGUGUUCAAUCAGGUUAGGGUCUUUUUUCAGUUAUUUGACUCCCGAUUAACUUACUAGUUACAAUGGAAAUAUAAGAAAUUAAAGUAUCCAAACUCUGAAAAUGAAAUCAAUUGUAAAAAAAUCAUCUUCUCCAUGACGGCUCACGAUUUUGGGCGCCAACAUAAGAGAUUGCCCUAUUUUUUAAAUAAUUUUUUUUCUCAUGUAUUCUUUAAGCUAUAGGCUCAAAAGUUUGUCCCCUUUUUGCACUGUUAUAGACCUUUUUGGAUACGUAGACUGCAAAACAGUCGAUUCUUUUCUCAAAAUCGGUUUAAUGUAGUUUAAGAGUUUUCUCACACGCGCGAAGCGCGCGAUCCUCACGCUUGAGACGAGAGGAAAUUUAUUUUUAGUGUCUCUCCCCAGUCUCCCUCCAGACCCUUUUUGUGACUGCUCGCGCGUACUUGAGUGCGCAAAAAUACGGACUGUUUUGCAAUCUACUGGAUACCAUUCCAGUGAACAACCCUGGGGCCACUCCCCAUAAUAGCCUGUUGUCUUGCUAUCCCUUUCAACAGACCACAACAAACAUCCUCAAUGGCUAAUGAUUGUCUUAAAGUACAAAGCUGGGCCUUUUCUUGGAACUCAAUUGAUGCGAAGAUAAGAUUUAGCUUUUAGAAAGAUAGCAAUAGUGUGCCUUAACCUCUUCAGGUAACGGUGGUCGUUUUCUCGAAGCCAGUUAAAGGGACUAGAAUGGAGGGGCGCAGUGAGGACUGACUUCCUUAAACAAUGACUAGUAACCAAGCGUAAAAUCAUAGGAUGAUGCGAUUAAAAUAAUUUUCCGUUGAACUUUUGCAGAAUCACGCCGAGGUAAAUCAUGGAAAAGUCAUGUUUCUUGAGGCUCUUGGUGAAGGAGGAUUCGCUAAAGUCUGUAAAGGCUCCUUGAUUAAAAUGGACUCUGAAAUGUCUGGCGUAGAGAUCGCUAUUAAGCGGCUCAAAAGCGAUGUGCCGCCAGCUACAAUCGAGAACUUUAAAAAGGAGACUACUAUACUGGCAAAUCUUCAAGAUAUCAAUAUCUUGUGCCUUAUUGGCGUGUCAACUGGCGAAGAACCCCGAUUCAUGAUCUUUGAGUACUAUACUGAUAUUGAUCUUAAUCGCUUCUUAUUGGAUAACGCCUCCAAGCUGUCUGGAACAAUACCAUGCGAUCUCAGCGAAUACAAUGUUCUAUUGGACUUCGCUUUGCAGAUCGCUUCUGGAAUGGACUUUUUAGUGGAACAUAAGUUCGUUCACCGAGAUCUCGCUGCCCGGAACUGUUACGUCACUGAAGACAACAUCGUGAAGAUUUCUAACCUUGGCAUCGGGAGUUACAAAUACCCCAGGGAUUACUCUUGGGUUCACAGCAGUGCACUACUUCCGGUGCGAUGGAUGGCCCCGGAAGCACUCAACUCAUUGCAUUUUACGCACCAAACGGAUGUCUGGUCAUACGGGGUCCUCCUCUGGGAACUUUAUACCUACGGCUGCCACCCCUAUGCCGGGUAUUCCAAUCAAGAAGCCAUUGAGCAGAUUAGGAGUCUGCAAUUGCUCUCUUGCCCCGAUGAUUGCCCCGCGCGGAUGUUCGGGUUGAUGCGGGAGUGUUGGGAAGAAAGCCCUUCGGAUAGACCUCCAUUUUCCGAGACUUGUUCGCGUUUGCGAGAAUGGGCCGGCGAUUCUAUCGCGGAGAGCCAUUAGUUUCUACAGAAGCCGGUCAAAGAUGAAAGGUCCACUCAGCCUUUGUAGCGUUGGACGCAUGCUCAUCGCUGGCGGUGACGUGAUCGUUUACAAAAGAUCGUUUAUCAAUUUAUUAUCACCAACUUUCAGCUCCCGGUCGUUAGAAAGGGAGAGAAUAGCUACUUAUUUAAUAGUUUUCUCGCUUGAUAACUGCUCAAAGGACGUAAACGUGAAAUCCAACCAAGAUCCAACCUAAUGAUAAGCCAGUCGGGACAAUAUCACUCGGAAGAACGCUCUGGCCUGUGUUCAAGUGUAUUUCGGGGUUGAGGUUUAUGCUUGCUAUGGAGUCUAGAAAGCACUUGAGCAUACAUCAUCAUUUAAUAUGCCAAAUUUAAGACGUAUUCUGUAGGUAAUACGCCAUUAAAACAAUAUUAUAACGAACAAUUAUUUACCAAACCAAAGAUAGUAAAGUUUUGCAUGGAAUAAGGAUCGAAAAUAUCUUGUGUACAAUAAUAGUUUUUGUGAAUACCAAACCGUUUUUGCGGGGGAAAAAAGCAAUUCUCCCAGGUUAUUUUUCCACAACAUAUUUAUUUAAAACUCUUGUAAACGCAAUUAAAAGAUCACCCUUAUUCAGGGUCUACUGUAUUUUAACUUAAAAUAGAACAAUUCUAUUGUUUACCAGAAUUUUUUAGCAAACUGCGAUCAUUACAUCUUUAAACACGAAUCACGCGAGAGACAGUGUCCUGUUUCUCCGCGUGUUUUACCCGUAAAGAUAGUUGAAUCGUAGCCCAGAAUUAUUGUAAUGUAUAUAUUUGUUUUAGCACAAUUUCUCUUAUGAAUAAUAAGCGUUAACCCUCAAGUUCUUAAAAGGGAUCAAAAUCAAUUUUCUUCUCAAUAUUCACACAUCAUCAAAAGAAAAGGUUAUGAGAAUUUAAUUAACUAUAAUCAUCUAAAGAAAUAUUCUUUGAUCUUUUAUCAAAUUCGCUCUACUAAUCCCUUGUGAAAUGUAUGGAGAUAAAACUGGAGAAAUUAUGUGUGGAUAUUGUUACACGGUAAAUGUAAAGCAUUUUGAAUGGGCCAUGUCCUUGUGGUUUCCAGCACCCUCGCUUUCCAACUGAGGUCAAUUGCGAAACCGUUCCUACCGUACUUACGCUUGUUUUAAAAAGAGGUUUGGAGCAACUCGGAAUAGGUCUAUGAUCUCUUUGUAUGAUCGUGUUUUUGUGAUCAUUAUCUUUUAUAAAACAUGUUAAGGCAUUUUUUAUUGGCAUGGUAGAGCUGUAUCAUAUUCUAUUUAAUUUCACGUUAAGUCGGCUUGUUUAUAGUUCUUAGCUGGAAGACUAAAUUUAGUGCCCAGUCCCCGCGACGAAAGCGUUUACAACAGCAGAGAAGGCACUGGGAAAGAACUUGAUCGAAGAUAAUUAUGUAGUUCAGAAUUGACUAUUAGACGUGUAAUCAUCACAAAGUAGAUAUCUGAAUUACAUACUACUUAUUGUAAUC